UUGGAACCUAUCAUCAUCUCCCAUUUAUUAAUCGGAAAAAAAAAAAAUCUCCCCUCCACAACCGAGCGGAAAUAACAGAGACGCCGUGCUCCGCCCUUACUCCGCCACUUCCGAUCAAAAAUGGUGAUGUGGGUAUUCGGGUACGGGUCUCUCAUUUGGAAAACUGGCUUCCCCUACGACGAAAAGUUACCCGGCUGUAUCAAAGGCUACCGCCGUGUCUUCUAUCAAGGGAGUACUGAUCAUAGAGGCACGCCUGAAUAUCCUGGAAGAACUGUGACAUUGGAGCCUGCAGAAGGGGAAGUUUGUUGGGGCGUUGCAUACAAGAUCACCAGAAAAGAGGAUAAAGAGACUGCACUAAAUCAUUUAGAAGUGAGAGAGAAACAAUAUGACAAAAAAGAAUAUGUGGACUUUUUCAAUGACCCCAUGGCUAUCACCCCUGUUGUUUCUGGAGUAAUGGUAUAUAUUGCAUCUCCAGACAAGAAGCUAAACAAGAAUUACCUUGGCCCUGCGUCACUCGAGGAGAUUGCUAAGCAGAUAGUUGAUGCGCAAGGGCCCUCAGGACCCAACAAGGACUACCUUUUUCAACUUGAAAAGGCUCUUCUUCAGUUUGGAUGGGAAGAUAAACAUGUCAUGGAUCUUGCAAAUGAAGUCAGAACCCUUCUUUCUGACGGGGAGCACACUGAUACUUAGCUUCCGACGUCGACGAAAAGCUUUUCGAGGCUUUCUAGAAGAUUUGUAAGUCAAAGUCAAAAGUCAAAAUCUAGUAUUUCGUCUCGUAUUUUAUCAUUAUUUAGAUUUAUAUCGAACACUACCAUUAAAAAUUUUGACAGCUAAGAGAAAAAAAAAGUAGGAAACGAGAAAUUGAAACGUUUUUACUCUCUCUUCUAGUUGUCGGAAACUUUUUUCUUAACUUAUAGAAUGUUUACAUGUUAAUCUUUAUUGUUUAAUUGAUUGAACCAUUGGUCUGAUUUAU